AUGAACUUGGUGAUUUUCACACUCUUUUCUCUACUGUCAGCAAGCGUAGUGGACUCUUCGACGAUAGCAAAUUCGGUCUAUCCUUGGCUGACACUACCAUCAACGCCAGGACUUCCGUCACCUCAAGCUGGCCCAUCAUGUGGCAUACCUAUUCUCUUUCUACACGGAGGUUUCGGCAAUAGCGACUAUUGGGGAUUCCAAAUUCAGGCACUGAAAUCGUCAUAUCAAUGUAUUGUAAUGGAUUCUCGAGGACAAGGACGAAGUACAUCAUCAUCCGCUAAUAUUACUUAUGAUUUGAUGGCGGCUGAUGUCAUCGGUCUAUUGAACUAUCUUGGCAUCACGCAAGCUCAUAUCGUUGGCUGGAGCGACGGUGCGAUUAUUGGUCUCAAUUUGGCGAUGAACUCUCCUAAUAGAUUAGUUUCAUUGUUUGCCUUUGCAGCAAAUUAUAAUACAUCUGGUGCAAAAGACAUUAGUUUGUCGUCUGUUUUCAAUGCUUAUUUGACACGCACUCAAAUCGAAUAUGAACAGAUGAAUCCUAUCAACGAUUAUCAGAGCCUAUACAAUAACUUAACAACAAUGUGGUCUACUCUUCCGGAUUGGAAUCAAAGUGAUUUUGCAAAGAUUCCAUCAACUAUAUAUGCAUGGAUCGUGGAUGGUGACCACGAAGAAGUUAUCUAUAGAGAUCAACCAGACACAAUGGCUCUUUGGAUACCGCAGUCAGGUUUUUCUAUGGAAACGUUAUCUAUUAUGAUUAAUCAAUUAACUGGUCUUAAUAGCUAA